AUGGCGGCGCCGUCGCUGUGGCGUCACUGUCCUGGCGGCCAAUCCGAGGGCUGCGCGCGUGUCCCUUACGCGCUUCUAUUGCCGGGAGGAAGGGGGUGUGUCGCGCCUGCGCAGUGGUCUUGGCCACCGGCUCGCGGCUCGUGGAGGCUUGUCCCAGACGCACGCGAGUCAGACUCGGGUUGGGGUCCUGGCGGCGGCGGCGCGAGCAUGUCGUGGCUUUUCGGCAUUAACAAGGGCCCCAAGGGUGAAGGCGCGGGGCCGCCGCUGCCUUUGCCGCCCGCGCAGCCCGGGGCCGAGGGCGGCGGGGACCGCGUCUUGGGAGACCGGCCGGCGCCCAAGGACAAAUGGAGCAACUUCGACCCCACCGGCCUGGAGCGCGCCGCCAAGGCGGCCCGCGAGCUGGAGCAGUCGCGUUAUGCCAAGGAUGCCCUGAAUCUGGCACAGAUGCAGGAGCAGACGCUGCAGCUGGAGCAACAGUCCAAGCUCAAAGAGUACGAGGCCGCUGUGGAGCAGCUCAGGAGCGAGCAGAUCCGGGCGCAGGCCGAGGAAAGGAGGAAGACCCUGAGCGAGGAGACGCGGCAGCACCAGGCCAGGGCCCAGUAUCAAGACAAGCUGGCCCGGCAGCGCUACGAGGACCAAUUGAAGCAGCAGCAACUUCUCAAUGAGGAGAAUUUACGGAAGCAGGAAGAGUCAGUGCAGAAGCAGGAGGCCAUGCGGCGAGCCACCGUGGAGCGGGAGAUGGAGCUGCGGCAGAAGAACGAGAUACUGCGAGUGGAGGCCGAGGCCCGGGCACGCGCCAAGGCCGAACGAGAGAACGCAGACAUCAUCCGCGAGCAGAUCCACCUGAAGGCGGCCGAGCACCGUCAGACCGUCUUGGAGUCCAUCAGGACGGCUGGCACCUUGUUUGGGGAAGGAUUCCAUGCCUUUUUGACAGACCGGAAGAAAGUGACAGCCACGGUGGUUGGGCUGACGCUGCUGGCUGGCGGGGUCUACUCUGCCAAGAAUGGGACAGCCGCGGCGGCCCGCUUCAUCGAGGCUCGGCUGUGGAAGCCAUCCCUGGUGAGGGAGACGUCCCGCAUCACGGUGCUGGAGGCGCUGCAGCACCCCUUCCAGGUCAGCCGGCGGCUCCUCAGUCGGCCCCAGGAUGCACUGGAGGGUGUUGUGCUGAGUCCCAGCCUGGAAGCGCGGGUGCGCGACAUUGCCAUAGCAACAAGGAACACGAAGAAGAACCGCAGCCUGUACAGGAACGUUCUGAUGUACGGGCCGCCAGGCACCGGGAAGACGCUAUUUGCCAAGAAACUCGCCGUGCACUCAGGCAUGGACUACGCCAUCAUGACAGGCGGGGACGUGGCCCCCAUGGGGCGGGAAGGCGUGACCGCCAUGCACAAGCUGUUUGACUGGGCCAAUACCAGCCGGCGCGGCCUCCUGCUCUUCGUGGAUGAAGCAGACGCCUUCCUUCGGAAGCGAGCCACCGAGAAGAUAAGCGAGGACCUGCGGGCCACACUGAACGCCUUCCUGUACCGCACGGGCCAGCACAGCAACAAGUUCAUGCUGGUCCUGGCCAGCAACCAGCCCGAGCAGUUCGACUGGGCCAUCAACGACCGCAUUGACGUGAUGGUUCACUUCGACCUGCCGCGGCUGGAGGAGCGGGAGCGCCUGGUGAGAAUGUAUUUUGACAAGUAUGUUCUUAAGCCGGCCACAGAAGGAAAGCAGCGUCUGAAGUUGGCCCAGUUUGACUACGGGAGGAAGUGUUCGGAGAUCGCUCGGCUGACGGAGGGCAUGUCGGGCCGGGAGAUCGCUCAGCUGGCUGUGUCCUGGCAGGCCACGGCGUAUGCCUCCGAGGACGGGGUCCUCACCGAGGCCAUGAUGGACGCCUGUGUGCAAGAUGCUGUCCAGCAGCACCAGCAGAAGAUGUGCUGGCUGAAGUCAGAAGGGCCUGGGCGCGGGGACGAGCCCUCCCCAUCCUGAGUCCACAGCGAGACCCACACCUCACGGAGCGUCAGCGGACCCCUCCCACCCCCAACUUCCGGCCCCUGCACAUUUAGGAAAUAUUCCUGGAUGGGGAAGGGCUGUGCCCAGGGCCUCUGUGCCAGUUAGCUUGUGGUGGGGGUCGGCCGUUCUGCCCCCCAGGACACCCCCUGUUGUGGGCACUGGCUAGGGAGGGGCAGGCCUCCUUCCUGCCCCUUAAGACACUUGGGAGACGCAUUUUCCAUGUGACUCAGAGCGGGAGGGGAGGCUUCACACCCCAGCCCCUGCCCAGGCCACGGGAGGGUGGGUGCCGGCUGAGCCCCCAGGGCAGCAGGAGAGGGGCGGUGGUGUCUCUUCUCGGCUCCCACAGCAGAGCCGGGUGUUGGGGGCCUGCCGGGACCAGACCGAGGUGGGGCGGCCUGAAGCCUGCUUCCCACUGCAGGCGGCACACCCCGGCCCUAUGCGCAAUGGUGGCCCCGAGAAAGCCCAGGCUGUGGCCGGGAGGAGGGAAUCUGGCCGGGCGUCUGAGGCCACUCUCAGCUGGCCGGUCCAAGCCUGUGGCUGGAGCUGGGGUCUGUUUACCUAAUAAAGUCCCACAGGUGCCUCA